CCCGCGCCCCGCGCCCCUCUCCGGGCCGUGGCCCCGCGGCCGCCCCGCGCCCUGCUCGGCCCCCGCCCGCCCGGGACUGACGGAGCCGGGCCGCCAUGAGCGCCAACCCGCAGUGGGACAUCAGCAGGGCGCUGGGGGUGGCCAGGCUGUUCCACCUGGUGUGCGGGGUCCGGGACGCCUGCGUGACCCCGUUCCUGACCCUCUACCUGAGGCAGCUGGGCCUGGCCGCGCCCUGGGUGGGCGUCCUGAUGGGGGCCAAGCACCUGGUCGCCGCCUUCUGGGCCCCCUUCUGGGCCUUCCUGGCCAAAAGCUACCGGAAAAGGAGGGCGCUUCUGACGGGCUCGCUGCUCGGCUCGGCGGGGGCCAGCCUGUUGAUGGCGCUGGUGCCGCCGCUGGACGAGGCUCCCGCAGACCCUUCCUGCAACGCCAGCCGCGGCGCCCGCCCCACCGCCCUGCCCCCGGCGGCCGCCUCGAUCCCCCGGGCCGUGGGCGCCCCUGGCCUCAGGCGCGCACCUGCUGGAGGUGUCCGCGCACCGGCCGGCCGUCCACCCGGCUACGCCGUGGGCUCCGUGGAAGGAGCCGGGACCACAGCCCGAGUGGCUUCAGGGGUGAAGGACACCGCUAGGGCAGGUGCUUUUAAGGUGGGCAGGACCGCACCCCCUCUGCUUGCUGGGGGCACAGCCCCGGGAAGUCCAGCCAACUUGUCAGCAGCCAAGGGGGGCGCGGGGGCCCUGGGCCUCUCCUUGGAAGGGCUGCGGUGGACCUUCCUCCUCUCCCUGGGGUCCGUGGUGUUCUGGGAGCUGCUGACGGCCCCCCUGGAGCAGGUGGCCGACGACAGCCUCUACGAGUACCUGGAUUUCGUGGAUGCCACCGACCACUACGGAAGCCUGUGGAUCUGGAGGCUGCUGGGCCUGUCGGCAGGUGUGUGCGGCAUCGCAGCCGCCGUGGGACAGCUGGAAUGCUUCGUGGCGACAAGUGGCCCACGGGGCGUGUUGCACUUCUACGGCUACUCGGUGGUCAGCACCCUGGCUUUACUGGUGAGCAUUGCCUUUCCUGUCCCCAUCUGCAGGCGACCGGAGCCCAGCUACAAAACCGUCAAGGCGCUGUCGCUGGUAGGAGGCGACCCCCGCCUCAUUCUCCUCACCUUCACCGUGUUUCUCGUAGGAGCCGCCACCAGCGCGGUGCAGAACUUUCUGUUUUGGCACAUGAAAGACCACGGGAGCAGCGAGCUGGUCAUGGGCUUCUCGGUGGCCCUGGGCUUGCUGGGGGAAAUUCUAUUGCAUCCGUUCAAAAUGACGUUGCUUAGGAAACUGUCGAGGAUGGGCACGGUGGGGCUGGGCCUGGGCUGCCUGGCGGCCCAGCUGCUCUACUACUCGUUCCUCUGGAGCUGGUGGGCCGCCCUCCCAGUCCAGAUCUUGAGCGCCGUCAGCAACGGGGCUCUGUGGUGGGCAGUCAAGGCCUCAGUGGAGGACCUGGCCACUCCCAGGACAGAGAGACCUCUGGGUGCCAUGUUCCGAGGCCACAUUUUCGGGGGCGGGUCCAGCCUGGGCAGCUUCGUGGGGGGCUUCGUGGUGAUGUACUUCAGCCUGGCUGUGCUGUAUCGGGCCUGCUGCGUGCUCCUGCUGCUCUGGCUGGCCUUGCUCCUAUCCAUCCAGUCCAGACUACCCCAAGAGCAGAAAAUAAACUACUCGAAACUGCUGGUCAUGGAGGCCAGUGACACGAGCGACUCUGAGCAGGGGACAGAACGGGACUGGCUUGUGAAGGCCAUGAGGGAGGAGUACUCAGAAUAGAUGGGCAGACAGAAGAUCAAGAUGUGCUGAUCUGGGAAGGCAUGGGGAUGGGGCUAGUGCUGGGCAAAAACUCACCUGCUGAGGAUGAAUCCCAAGUCCAGCCUGGGGCUGCAGGGCAGCCUGGAGAGAGAGAAAGCAAGUCUGCGCAGAAGCCCUACGGGAUCGUCUCAUUGCAUGAUUUUCUUUACUUUUACGGUAAAAGGAGAUUUAACUUUUUGCUGUUCAAUC